AUGCGAAGGACUGCGAGUCAAAACAAUCUUGAGGAAUUCGAUCCUGAGCCUGAACGGACUUUCAAUCGGCGUAGGAGAGAUUUGAAUUUAUUGCAGAACCCACAGGUUGUCGCAGAAGUACCUGUGGUCAUGGCUAAUCAUCAACCGGCGAAAGUGAGAGAGGUUUCAGUGCCUCGGGUGGCAGAUGUCACUUCAAGCAUUGUCAAGCCCACCAUCGAAGGGCACUUUGAGCUGAAGCAUCCUAUGAUUCAAUUUCUUCACUCUAGUGGGCAAUUCACAGGAAUGUCACAUGAGGAUCCUCAGCGGCACAUCCAUACUUUUCUGCAGAUUGUGGAUACUUUUGCCACUGGAAGGGUCACGAAAGAAUAUGUUCGAUUGACACUGUUCCCCUUCUCUCUUUUGGGGAAUGCAAGUAACUGGUUAUUAGCAGAGCCUGCCAAUUCUAUCACUACGUGGGAUGACUUGGCAACGAAAUUCUUGACAAGGCCAGGGAGAGGUUUAAAGGUCUUCUCAGAGAUUGCCCUCAUCACCAUCAGACGAAUGAAGUUCUGGCACACAUUUAUUGAGAGUCUGGAUACCCAACAUAAGUCAUCACUAGACACUGCUGUCGGAGGGCAGGCUCUUGAUCUAAGCUAUAAAGAACUAUUCACACUAUUGAACAGGUUUACUCAGAGCACUCCAGACUGGCAGGAUGAUGCAGCUAGCAGUUCAGUUAGGAAAGCACCGGGUGUCUAUAAAGUAGACAAUUUUACAACAUUAUCAGCACAGAUUGAUGCCAUGCGCACCGAACUCAGGAAGUUAGAUGUGGCACAAGCGCCACCACAGGUGCAUGCAGUGCAGCAAGCCAUAGCCUUUUGUGAUAUCUGCGGAGAGGGUCAUAACAGUGAUGAAUGCCCUGCAAAUCCCACAUCCAUAUACUUUGUGGGUAAUGCAGGCAAGGGGCAAGGAAAUAAAAAUCAGUAUGGAAAUUCCUACAACCCAAAUUGGAGGAACCAUCCGAAUUUCAGGUGGAGUGACAACUCAGGUAAUCAGAAGCAGAACUAUCAGUCAGCACCUGCUCCUCAAGCUCCCACCAACAAUAUGGAAGAGAUGAUGAAAAAGAUGAUGGGUGACAUGCAGAAGAUGAUGAUAGAUCAGCAGAAGUUGAUACCAGAUAAUCAGAAUCACGAUUUGGCAGUACGGAAUUUAGAGAGGCAGAUGGGACAGAUAGCUGGUGCACAAAAUACUAGACCACCUGGAGGACUUCCAAGUGACACAAAUGUGAAUCCCAAGCCUUGGAAUGCUGUAACUCUGCGAAAUGGGCGAGAACUAGAGGAAGUAACUGCAAAGAAAGCUAGUCGAGAGGAGGCUGUAAAAGAGAAGAUUGCCAAAGAAACGAGUGAAAAAGGGAAGGCUGUGGAAGAAUCAGGGGCAAAGCAGCCACAGGCCGUGGUUGCAAAUCCACCGCCUCCAUUCCCUCAACGUCUGGCAAGACAGAAAGAAGAGGCUACUUAUAAGAAGUUUCUUGAUUUGCUUAAGCAGGUAAACGUGAACGUCCCCUUGGUCGAUAUGUUGCAGGGUAUUCAUAAGUAUGCUAAGUACAUCAAAGAUAUUGUUGCAAAUAAGAGUCGUUUCACAGAGUAUGCCACGGUUGCACUCACUGAGGAGUGCACUUCUCGUAUUCAGAACAGGUUGCCCACAAAAUUGAAGGAUCCCGGAAGUUUCACUAUUGAGAUUUCUAUUGGGACACAGGUUGUUGCUCGAGCACUUUGUGACCUAGGUGCAAGUAUAAAUCUGAUGUCUUCGUCUAUCUUUCGGAAGAUAGGUUUGGGAGUGCCCAGACCAACCACUAUAGUUCUUCUGUUAGCAGGCAUAUCGUUAGCAAGACCCGAAAGCAUUAUUGAAGAUGUAUUGGUACAAGUGGGGUCGUUGAUAAUUCCUGCUGACUUUGUGAUACUGGAUUUUGAGCCAGACCCGGAAGUCCCAUUUAUUUUGGGGCGUUCGUUCUUGGCCACAGGGAGAGCACUUAUUGAUGUAGCUGCUGGGCAGCUUACCAUGCGAGUACAUGAUAAAGUAGAGGUAUUCAAUGUAUACCAAGCUUUGAAGAUGCCUGCAAUAUAUGAGAAGCUGUCCGCCAUCACUGUUCUGAAUGAUGAUACCCGAAGACCAUUCAUCACCUCUCAUGAUCCAUUGGAGAGAGCCUUGGUGGGGGAUGAUAUUUUUGCUGACACUAUGGCGUUUGAGAUGGUGCAGAAUCUGGAUAUGGAAAGUUUUUAUAUUCGGGGAGUCGAGUUUGAGCACUAG